GCCGGGCUGGGGGCGGGGCGGGGCGGGGCGAGGCGGGGCUCCGGGGCCGUCUCGCAGGCUGCGGCGGCCGCGGGAGAGGCGUCCACGGCGGCGGCGGAGCGGGCGGCGGAGCUGGGCGGCGGCGACUCGCAGGGUGCCACCAUCUGAAGGACAGAAAAGCUACAGGACUCUAGGAGGCCACAGUCCUGAUUUAAGCCCAACUUACUUUGGCCAGGCAGCAGCUAAGCUGGUUCAUUCCAUCAGCCUGGAUUGGUGAAACUGAACCCCAGGAGAUAUUUCCAGAUGCUCAGCCUACAGAAGGAGAGAGAGAAAUCUGGAACCAGAUCAGCGCUGUCCUUCAGGAUUCUGAGAGCAUCCUUGCAGACCUGCAGGCUUACAAAGGCGCAGGCCCAGAGAUCCGAGAUGCAAUUCAAAAUCCCAAUGACAUACAACUUCAAGAAAAAGCUUGGAAUGCAGUGUGUCCUCUUGUUGUAAGGCUAAAGAGAUUUUACGAGUUUUCCAUUAGACUAGAAAAAGCUCUUCAGAGUUUACUGGAAUCUCUAACUUGUCCACCCUACACACCAACCCAACACCUGGAAAGGGAGCAGGCCCUGGCAAAGGAGUUUGCUGAAAUUUUACAUUUUACCCUUCGAUUCGACGAGCUGAAGAUGAGGAACCCAGCUAUUCAGAAUGACUUCAGCUACUACAGGAGAACAAUCAGUCGCAACCGCAUCAACAACAUGCAUCUAGACAUUGAGAAUGAAGUUAAUAACGAGAUGGCCAAUCGAAUGUCCCUCUUCUAUGCAGAAGCCACACCAAUGCUGAAAACCCUUAGCAACGCCACAAUGCACUUUGUCUCGGAAAACAAAACCCUGCCAAUAGAGAACACCACAGACUGCCUCAGCACCAUGACAAGUGUCUGUAAAGUCAUGCUGGAAACUCCGGAGUACAAAAGCAGGUUUACUAGUGAAGAGACCCUGAUGUUCUGCAUGAGGGUGAUGGUGGGAGUCAUCAUCCUCUAUGAUCAUGUCCACCCUGUGGGAGCUUUCUGCAAGACGUCCAAGAUCGAUAUGAAAGGCUGCAUAAAGGUGUUGAAGGAGCAGGCCCCAGACAGCGUGGAGGGGCUGCUGAAUGCCCUCAGGUUCACUACAAAGCACUUGAAUGAUGAAUCGACUUCCAAACAGAUUCGAGCAAUGCUUCAGUAGAGCUCAGCUCAAAGAAGAGGAUCUAUGUGCUGACCUCAGAAGAUGUAUAUGUUUACAUAAUUUAAUACAGAUUGAUGUUAAUACUUGUGUAUUUACAUAACCAUUUCCUUCUUGUCACUGAAAUAUAUGGACCUUAAUUUGUAUCCUGACUGACUCAACCCAGCAGAGCAUAAAUUGACUUGAGAGCCUUACCUUUGAUGUCUGAAAUGAAACCCCCUUCUCCAAAGGCAAAUUUUGGAGACUUUGAUCUUUGCCACUGGAGUCCUUUAACAACACCUGUAACAAUCAAAAAUUCCUAAUUGUUUGUGGUAAUAUUUUAAUUCUAGACGUGUUUUCUCUCUGGGAAGUAUAGUUUAUAGAAACACAAAAUAUUUGAUUUCCUGUGUCGGCUCAGCUACAAGAAACACAACUGUUAUCUUGACAGAGGAAGAAGGGAAGCCAAGAAAAAUGCAUGUGGAGAAUUAAACCCAAGUGUUUUGAAUUCAACACACCCCCUUUGUCCUCAGACUGCAAUCUGCACGUGCAACUUUUCUGUUUGCACGUGUUUUAUUAAUCAGCAUAUUCCCUUUCUGUUUGGAUUUAUAUCCUUCUAAUGUUCUCUUUUGAUUUCACAAGAAAAUAAAAAUGCCUGUGUUUUAAUCAGUUAGUGGGAGAGCAACAGAAAUAGAUAGAUGUGCUCUUUCCCCUAGACUGAUGCAGGAGGUUGUCUGAGAAGUGGGGGACAGGUCCGCAGAGGUGCACUCAGGCAACAGGACAGCAAUCUCUGCCUCAACCCUCUGCCUACAGUGAUUAUGGAAAUGGAGCUUUGGCUUUGAAGUUAUUUGUAAAUUGACUAACCUUCCAGUUAUCUGCAGAGUGGUGGGUGCACAGCCCCUCCUCAUAGGAGCCCUGUUCUCUGAAGACCAUUCAUUCAUAUGAGAACAGAGGUCUAGGGUACUGCAUUAGUUACCAGAAAACUAGGGGAAAUAUCCAUGAUUUUGUUUCUCUGGGUUUUAAAAAAUGGCUCUUCCCCAAACCUGUUGCUAGCUUGUUGCAAUGUAAAAGCCCUGGUGCGAGCACCUGAAUUGAGACCUGGCCUUACUAAGGAGUCAUAGUGUGAUCUUGGGAAACGUGUUUAAGCUCUCAGAGUCUUAACUUCCUUUUCUCUAAAAUGGGCAAUUAAAACAAUCUUCAAGAGCCCUGUAAGGUUAAAGCCAAUAAAAAUGACUGACUCCGCCCUUCUUCCUUAGUAAACAUCCAGUAAUCAUCGCCCCACCUUGUCUUAUUGAGGAACAAUAUUAUGCAGCCUGCAGUAAUUCUCUCUGUAGAUCAGAGCUUAGUCAGAAUGGAAUCAUGAAAGGCUUUGAUUCUGACCUUCCAAGGAAAAAUGAAACCCAGAGGAUGUGGUUGUACAGGUUGGCUCCCAUGUGGGCCUAGAACCCAGGAAGCUUCACUCUUAACUCCAUGCUCUUUCUUUUAUGCCAUGUGGCUGUGAAUACAUACCAUAGGAUGGGAUUCAACCCUUCUAAGUAAAUCCUCAGUCUGGUCUAUAUUAUUAUUUGCCUGUUUCCACUAAAAGGAGUCACCCAGACGUUUAGUAAAUGAUAAUCUGAGAAGUGGAGUCUGAGUACAUCAGAGUUUGGCAUUAUUUGCGACAUCCCAGGAAUGAGCUGUAUGAUACCAUUGCUUUCUGGACUUUGGUGGUCAGCUGAUCUUUCUUUGGAUCCUCCAAGAAAAGGGAAAAAAUGCUGGUCUUAUUUUGUUUUAGCAAGGGAGCUCAGUCAAGUGGAAGGAAAGAUUCCUUGGUCUGUAUAUAAAAUCAGUCCACAGAGAAGGAAAAGCCUCUUUUCCUUGGAGAUUUUCAAGUUGAACAAGUAUAGCUGCUUGGAGGAAGGUUCUCUCAUCAGAAUACAAAUAUGCUAGACGGCCUUCAUGACUUUUUUGAACCUAAGGAUUCUAAAACCCUAGAGGAAGCUGGAAGAUAUGAUUACACCAGGUGAGGAAAUUUAGGAGGUAGGUAUUCAUCUUAAGAGAUAGUCUAUUUGGUGUCACAUGUUACGCUUGAGCAACAGUUUUCUAGAAUUCACAUGCAGAACUACAUGAUGUUAAUCAUCAUUGGGUCAAUUUCUCCCCCUCUAUCAGGUGAGGAUAUUGAGGCUUAAAGAAAGGAAAAGACUUGGCAACUACCACAGGGCUCACGAGGGGCUUGAACCCAUGUCAUGUGUCUCCACCACAGCUGCCUCUCAGCUGGCUAAAGGAGAAAAUGUUAGGGAUUACCUGUCAAAUUAGAUUGAUCUCAGAGUAAAUAGAUGAGCACAUUUAUAACUUUAAGUUAGACUUUCUGUCAAAUGGGACCAAAUGUAAGGAAGGGGCUGCUGGCCUGCCCCAAUUUAGCCAGGCCACCUUGUUUUAAAGCCAAGAUUCAGCAGUACAUGUAUUCUGAGAAGUCCAGGGUCUGAAUUGUUGCCUCUGAUUACUGGAAGGACAGGUUAACUGAAUGUCUGUGAUCACUAACAGGUGAUGGGCGUUGUGCUCACUCCAGAGAUCCUGUGGGAGACAAAUUCUUUUAACAGGCUGUCCACCCAGCAUCAGGAGUCAUUGAACAAUCAUGGAUUGUUGCAUUUGGUUUUUUGUUUUUGUUUCUGUGCUGCAUGCACAUGCGUCCAAGACUUACGGGUGGUUUAGGGGAAAGUGAUAGCAACAAUGUCAAUGUCAUUGUUAACUAUAUUUCAUAUUUGAGGUCUCAUCGUUUUCAAAUAAACAGUGUUUUCCAUGA